AUGGUAUAUUCCCAGAGGAGUCCAGGUUGCCGGCGCCUGCUGCUCGUGCUUCUGCUUCUCACAGCCUUGGAGUCAGGGAGCAGCCACAUCCACUACUCGAUCCCGGAGGAGGUAAAACACGGCACCUUCGUGGGCCGCAUUGCGCAGGACCUGGGGCUCGAGCUGGCAGAGCUGGUGCCGCGUCUUUUCCGAGUGGCGUCCAAAGGUCAUAGAGAUCUUCUGGAAGUAAAUCUGCAGAAUGGCAUUUUGUUUGUGAAUUCUCGGAUAGACCGGGAGGCAUUGUGCGGGCGGAGCGCGGAGUGCAGCAUCCACCUGGAGGUGAUCGUGGACAGGCCGCUGCAGGUUUUCCAUGUGGAGGUGGAGGUGAAGGACAUUAACGACAACCCGCCCAGGUUCUUGCGGCAGGAACAAAGAUUAUUUAUUUUAGAGUCAAGAAUAGUGGAUUCUCGGUUUCCGCUAGAGGGCGCAUCUGAUAUGGAUGUAGGAGUAAACGCAGAAUUGAAAUACAAAUUAAAUCCUAAUGAAUAUUUUGACUUGGAUGUUAAAACAAAUGAAGAAGAAACAAACAUUUUAGAGCUAGUAUUAAAGAAAGCAGUAGAUCGAGAAGAAACCCAAGAACAUCUUUUAUUACUAACUGCGACUGAUGGAGGAAAGCCUGAACUAACAGGUACAGUUCAAUUAUUGAUCAGUGUAUUGGAUGCGAAUGAUAAUGCCCCCAAAUUUGAUAAAUCAGUUUAUAAUAUCAGACUAUUAGAAAAUGCACCGAAUGGGACGUUAGUUAUUAAACUGAAUGCCUCAGAUGCAGAUGACGGCAUUAAUAAGGAAAUAGUGUACCUUUUUAGUAAUCUUGUUCUUGACAACGUCAGAUCUAAAUUUAUAAUCAAUUCAAAUAGUGGGGAAAUAACAGUUAACGGAGAACUGGAUUACGAAGAUUGUAAUUUAUAUGAAAUUAAUAUUAAUGCUGUAGAUAGAAGUCCAUUCCCAUUAACUGGACACUGCAAAGUUAUAGUAAAACUCCUGGAUGAGAAUGAUAAUACCCCAGAGAUGGUCAUAACCUCCAUAUCUCUGCCUGUCCAAGAGGACGCUUCACUGGGAACCGUCAUCGCCCUGAUCAGUCUGUCCGAUCGCGACUCAGGUCCCAAUGGGCAGGUGACCUGCACACUGUCGCCCCACAUUCCCUUCAAGUUGGUGUCCACCUUCAAGAAUUACUAUUCGCUGGUUGUGGACAGCGCCCUGGACCGCGAAAGCGUGUCGGACUAUACUCUAGUAGUGACCGCGCGGGACGGAGGCUCGCCUUCGCUGUGGGCCACGGCCAGCGUGUCCGUGGAGGUGGCCGACGUGAACGACAACGCGCCGGCAUUCGCGCAGCCCGAGUACACGGUGUUCGUGAGGGAGAACAACCCGCCCGGCUGCCACAUCUUCACGGUGUCCGCGCGGGACGCGGACGCGCGGGAGAACGCGCGGGUGUCCUACUCGCUGGUGGAGCGGCGGGUGGGCGAGCGUGCGCUGUCGAGCUACGUGUCGGUGCACGCGGAGAGCGGCAAGGUGUACGCGCUGCAGCCGCUGGACCACGAGGAGCUGGAGCUGCUGCAGUUCCAAGUGAGCGCGCGCGACGCGGGCGUGCCUCCGCUGGGCAGCAACGUGACGCUGCAGGUGUUCGUGCUGGACGAGAACGACAACGCGCCCGCGCUGCUGCCGCUGCCUGGGGCGGGCGGCGGCGCGGGCGCGGUGAGCGAGCUGGUGUGGCGGUCGGUGGGCGCGGGCCACGUGGUGGCGAAGGUGCGCGCGGUGGACGCGGACUCUGGCUACAACGCGUGGCUGUCGUACGAGCUGCAGCCGGCGGCGGGGGGCGCGCGCAGCCCGUUCCGCGUGGCGCUGUACACGGGCGAGAUCAGCACGACGCGCAGCCUGGACGAGGCGGACUCGCCGCGCCAGCGCCUGCUGGUGCUGGUCAAGGACCACGGCGAGCCGGCGCUGACGGCCACGGCCACCGUGCUGCUGUCGCUGGUGGAGAGCGGCCAGGCGCCCAAGGCGUCGUCGCGGGCGUUGGCGGGCGCGGCGGGCGCGGAGGCGGCGCUGGUGGACGUCAACGUGUACCUGAUCGUCGCCAUCUGCGCCGUGUCCAGCCUGUUGGUGCUCACGCUGCUGCUGUACACGGCGCUGCGGUGCUCGGCGCCGCCCACGGGGGGCGCGUGCGCGCCUGGGAAGCCCACGCUGGUGUGUUCCAGCGCGGUGGGGAGCUGGUCGUACUCGCAGCAGAGGCGGCAGAGGGUGUGCUCUGGGGAGGGCGCGCCCAAGACCGAUCUCAUGGCCUUUAGCCCCAGCCUACCUCAGGGUCCCAGCUCUGCAGACACCGUGAGUCUCAAAAAUAUUAUUCACAAAAAUCGCAUGAUGUCGCUGUCUACCAUGAAGUUAAUCUACUUGUUACAGUAUUCAGAAUUCAUUUCUCCUGUUACUGCUUGGUUUCACGAGUGCUGA